CCCCCUUCACUGUUUCUUCUUUCAUUUCUCUCUCACCUCCUUUCCCAAACCAUUUUCUUUCGUCAAUUGUCUUCACCUCAUUCCAUUCCAUUCCUCAUCUUCACCCACUUCACAAAACUUGCACUAUUCACUCAGAUAGCUAAAGCUCGAAGACCAACUCCAAUAUGAAUAAUGAUGUUCCGGCUCGAAUCAAUGUGGAUGAAAAUGAUGAAGAUGGUCAACUGAGAAUCUCCUCAAUUGGGUGUAGAAAAGAAUGAGCAAUCACUUUUGUCAACUGUGAAUUCCAGCCCUACAUUUUUGCCUUGUUCAUGAGGUAAUAUUUUAUUCCGUUUUUUUGUGCUUUAGAAAUAUAUUUGUUUUUUAUUUUUGGAUUUUAUGUAAAAAAAAGACUACAUAUAUGUUAUAAUGUUGAAGGCUAUAUUGCACUUCUAUAUUGUUAUAAAUUUGUGAUGUUUAAUUUCAAAAUUUUAAUUCAACUACUCUAUUUCACUUGUAUACCCAUGAGGUGUUUUUUUUUUUUUUUGGAUAAAAUGUAAAUAUAUAUAUCCAGAAAAUAGCAUUACAAUGCAUCAAAAGAACCAAAAAGAAAACUAUCUAGGUAGCAAGCUAACCUAAACUAGUAUCUACCAUAUCCCCCCACACGCGAUGGGGGGAGAGAGGAUUUUUCUUUUUUAAAGUCAAAAAGGAUCGGGACAGGCCCCGGCUCAAAUCACAAAAAAGUCCAGUCCAAAAGGUCCUUCAAAAACUUCAUCUCACCAAAAUAAACAUCAGUCCAUAAAAAAACAAAGAGACUGGGCCGUGAGCUAAUAAAAGCCCCCAGGCCCAGCACACAUUCCGUAUCCAAGGAGACAUCAGCAGCUUCACACGCGUGGGCCAACUAUCCAGCAAGGCGACAGCCCACCAAACUUCAGCCCACAGCAGAACCGGCUAGGGCAACAGCCCGUAAACCUGCAUCCUCCAUCGCAAAGCUUCCCAGCCGCCUCCAUUCAAAAUUCAAAAACAGUCUGGCAGGUCAACUGACAGCCUGGCCAAUCAUGGUCAGCUGGCAGUCAUCCCCACCCCACCCCCACCCCAACAACCCCGUAUGGCGCCGGUUCCACCACCGGUCAGGUGUUUGUUGAAAUGAUUGAAUGAAUGUUUUAUUGAUAUUCACGUUUUUAUAGAUGUAUGUCAUUCAUAUUUUUUUGUUUGUCUGUCAUUUGUUUGGAGUUGUCUGUAAGGACUUUAUAAAUGUCUGUGAUGUUAUAAAUAGAUGUAUGUCAUUCAUAUUUCCUUGUUUGUGUGUCAUUUGUUUGGAGUUGUCUGUAAGGACUUUAUAAAUGCCUGUGAUGUUAUACAUAGAUGUAUGUCAUUCAUAUCUCCUUGUCUGUCAUUUGUUUUGAGUUGUUUGUAAGGACUUUAUAAAUGUUUGUGAUGUUAUACAUAGAUGUAUGUCAUUCAUAUCUCCUUGCAGUAUUGAAUUGUCUGUCUGUCCUUGCUUUUUGUUUGUCUCAUAUAUUUUUUAUGUGACUGUCAUUUAACAUGAAAUGCAAGUGCAUAAUGCAAAUGCAUCUAUUAAUGAAUCUGUUCCUUCUGAUAAUGGUCUUGAAGUUGAAGAUGAACAUGAGAAGCAUGAGGUAGUUACACAUGUUGCCGAGGAGGGUCAUCAAGCUCACGUUGAACAUGUUGACAUGCAUGAGGCAGCUUCUGAUGUUGGUCAACAGAGCCAAAUUGGUUACAGGGCAACAUGUAUCAUCUCAAACAUCAUGCAUGAAGUGGAUAAUGCAAAUGCAUCCGAUAUUAAUGACUUUGUACCUUCUGAUACCGCCUAUUGGGAUGAGGUGGUGGAGUGGUAAGCCGCCGCUAAAGGGGAGUUGGAAACAGAGGGUGAUGAUGUGUGUAUGAAAAGGAAACGGUUCCCUUCUAAGUUCAAAGUUAGCCCUUUCACCGACCCUAAGCCAAAGCGGUUGAAAGCCAUCACCAAAGACAACGAUAACAUCAGCCCAAUAGACGAGUGAACUGAUUUGAAGAAUUUGAAUCUCUGAAUCUUUCGUAUUGUCUAUGGUUUGCUUGACACACAAAGUC